AUGGAACAGUCGGAUCCAUGGGCCAUGACUCCUGAUCAAAAGGCUUACUAUCUUGCCCAAUUUUUGCGUCUUCAACCCGAUCCCAGUGGUCGUCUCAGUGGUCAGGCCGCGAAGUCCUUCUUCGAGCUUUCCAAAUUGCCUGUCACCGUUCUCUCUCAAAUAUGGUAGGAACUCUCGGACGUCGAUGCAGACGGUCAGCUGAGUUUGAGUGAGUUCUCCGUGGCGAUGCAUUUGGUGGUGCUACAUCGCAACGGUGUGAUGCUCCCGGCCCAGCUACCCAAUAGUCUGUUACUCAUCGCCACCUCCAGUGCCCUUUCCGUCCCUCCACCGCCGCCAUCAUCUCCUCAUCCGUCGUCAUCUACGCAUAAUGCCUCUGUGUAG